UUGCGUUGCGUUGAUCGUUUCAUGUUCAUGUCGAUAUUUUCAUUUUAAAAAGAGUUGGAAUUCUCUUUUUUCCCUUAAUGCUAUAUUUUGCUUAUUGUUACAAAGCUUACCGCUUAUGUGCAUAAAAGCCUCCACAAAGAGUCCGUACUCUAAAAUAAAAUGGAUGCUGCCGACUCCUUGCUAAGUAACAGUGUGGCUGGCAAGCAGGUUCUGGAAGAAGAGGAAUCAUUAUUAAAGCCCAGCCCUAAGCCCAAUGUGAAGAGUGACUUGGUCAAUGAAUGCAAAGUGUUCAUAAGGGCUGAAGACGGAGGGGGUGAUACACAUCUCAAUAUAACUGGGAACAUGAGACCGGGGCCCAGUGAAAAACCUAAGUUUGUGACUUCCACGCCAGAUCAGAAAAGAGAGAGCCCUUCAGAUAAUCAGAUUGCUGAUUCUAACCCAGAAUGUGAUAUUGAAGGAGUCCCUGACUUGCCCAUGGAUGAUGGAAUGCCCAGCACAGUGACUGUGUUGGAUGCCCCCGAUGGUGGAAAGGUUUAUUUGGUGGGCACUGCCCAUUUCAGCUUGCAAUCUCAAGAAGAUGUAUCCAGGGUAAUACAAGAAGUGAACCCACAUAUUGUAAUGGUCGAGUUGUGUGAACAGAGAACCAACAUAUUGUUACUAGAUGAAGAAAUAAUUUUAAGGGAAGCUAAAAAUAUUAACAUUAAGAAAAUAAGGGCAACAAUGGCCCAGAACGGAGUGUUCAACGGUCUCAUGUACAUCCUGCUUCUGAACAUGUCUGCACAUAUCACACGUGAGCUGGGCAUGGCGCCCGGCGGAGAGUUCCGACGAGCCAUGGCUGAGGCCAAGAAGAUCCCCAACUGCAUGGUCCAGUUAGGAGACCGAGCAAUAGAUGUCACUCUGCAUAGAGCCAUCGCGUCAUUAACCUGGGGGCAGACCAUACGCUUCGUAUGGCAUCUGCUCACAUCCAACCAGUCUAUUAGUGUGGAAGAAGUGGAGAAGUGUAAACAGAAGAAGAUGUUGGAAGAUAUGCUAGAAGAGAUGGCGGAGGAGUUCCCAGCGCUGAAGCGAGUUUUCGUUCUCGAACGCGACAUGUACCUCUGUCACUCUCUGCAGGUCGCGGCGCUGCAGCCUCGCCGCGAACCGUGCCGCAUUGUGGGCGUGGUGGGCAUCGGGCACGUGGCCGGCAUCGUGCAGCACUGGGGCAAGGUGCGCCCGCAGGACAUCCCGCCGCUGCUCAAGAUCCCGCCAGAAUCCCUGUCAGUGCGCAUCAUCCGCGUGUCGGUGCGUGUGGCGUGCGUGGGCGCGCUGGUGUACGCCGGCUACCGCCUGUGGCCGCGCCGCUGGCUGCCGUGAUGCUCCCCAACGCCUAACUGGACCAUCGGAAACACACAUAUAAUAAAUUUAGGAAGACUAAACUGUAAAUAUUAUUGGAUGAAAACUCGCUCAUCAAUUAUCUGAUUUAUUAUUUUAUUAAUAAAUAGGUUAGGUAUGAACAUGAGUCUGUGACUAGAAAGUUCUAUUGCUAAAAUUAUUGUAAUGUAUGUUUAUUGAGAAGAUAUUAAUUUUGCAUUUUAUUCUGUAUUGUAGAGAGAAAAUGUAAACGGAUGGUACUGAUGGUACCUAUGGUACUGAUUCCUUAUAAUCUGUUAUAAAAUCUUAGAUACUAUACCAAAGGCCCAUUUCUCAAAACUGAAAGUUACAAGUUACAAGCGGAAAUCUCUUUCCAACUUGUCAUAUUAGACAUUGAGUACCACUUGUAAAUUGUAACUUGUAACUUCUAGAAAUGGGCCCCAAGUCUAAAUUCUGAAUAGUCUCUGACUAGAAUGUACUGAUAGAAUAUUUCCUACUAAAUUUAUUUUAUGGCCUAAUACAAAUAAUGAUAUUAUUUUCCCAAUUAUCACACGCUUGUAAAACUGACGUCCCUUUCCUAACUUGGAUGUAAAGCUAUUUCCUCAUUGAUAGAAUGGGGUUGCAUUUGUGCUCCUUUGCACUAAUAAGGAAUAAAUUGUGAGUACGCGCGCCAUUUGUCAUAUCUGAGCAGCCAAGGUGCUCCAAAAUAUGUAAACAAGUUAUUUAUAAUAAAGACAUGUUCAGAUUCUGCAGAUAUCUUAUCGCCUUAUAAGAUAUUGAUAUAAUGCCGAUAAGUGUGGAAAGGGCUUUAGCUUUAGCGUUUUUGUUGUUUGGCUUUGUUUUGGCCAACUGUGAGAUUUGUUUAUUAAAAUCAAACUUAAAAUAUUGUAAAUAUUCGAUUAAAAUUGGAAUUAUAAUUUAAAAUAUCGAAACGUACGUUUCAUGUUUUGGUUCUGUAUAUGUUGUUAAAAAUCGAUUUUUAAAUUAAUUAUAAAGAAAGUUUGUUUUGUUUCGUUGUUUUAAGUCUUCUUUGUUAAAAAAGCAGUCCAAGUAAUUUUGUUUUGGACUGUUAAAUUGUAAAGCGAUAGUUAAAACGAAAUAAAAAUUAUAUUAUCAUAAAUGUACAUCAUCGAUCUGAAUUUGCGUUAUCUAUUUCAUUUUCAAAAUUCGAAGAUUGCUUUACUUGCUUAUUGCUUCUUUAUCGCUACAAAAUAAAUAUGCGUUAUUAUUUAAAUAUAUAAGUUUUAAAUAGUAAUACCAUUCAUAUGCUAGCUUAGUUUGUUUACAAUUAUUAUACAUUUGUUUACUAAGGGAUAAAACGCAAUUGUAAAAGUUAUAACGCCUAUCAUGGGUUAACGUUUUGGUAAUGCAUUGGUAAUGUCAACUCUUGGUAGCUGUACUGUAAGGGCUUGCCACACUGCUACGUUGACGAAAUAUUAAAGCCCUCUGGUAUUUUGCAUUUAAUUAUUAUAAUUAUGCAAUUUACACACUUUCAUCAGCUGCAGUAAUAUUAUGGAUUUGUUUUCAGUAUAUUUGUUUUAUUGAUUCAAUGCAUUUGGACAUUUAAAUACUUUUACAUCUUAUGACAUAUUAUUUAGGGUCGGUUGCACCAAUCCGUCUCUGACAUACUUAAUGUUGAUCAUCUAAUUAUCGUUGAUUUUGAAUGGUGUAACUGAAUCUUAAUAUACCUAACUAUUAUAAAUAUUAUGUAUAUAAAUAUUAUUACCGUUCUUCACGUUAAUUUAGUAAGGACUGUGAUAAUAUAAGAAAUUAAUUGUUAAUCUCCAUCCAUUUAUGAAAUAAGAAAUAAUAUUCGUGAUAAAAUACUGCGUUCUUGUCAUUUGAUAAUCUUGUCACACUUGUUGGGGUUGCGUUAAAAAUAUAAACAAGAAAAAAAUUGUUUAGAUCGACCAUAAAGCUUCAAACAACAAAGUAUACCAGUGGCCCAUUUCUCGAAACUGAAAGUUACAAGUUACAAGCGGAAGUCUCUUUCAAACUUGUCAUAUUACACUUUGUAAAUGAGGAGGCACACUGGCAUUUUAUCCCGCCAGGCGGCGCC